UUUGCAGCCCACCCGAAAUAGAUUUUGGAGGAAUUGAAAAGAAUAAACAAAUGGAAUAUCUGGAAAAUGACAGGAUACAGUAUAAGUGCUACCCUGGAUAUGACUUGGAUGGGUCUGACUGGAUAAUAUGUAAAAAAGAAGGUUGGAUACCUUCACCAAAGUGUUUGGCACCCUGUAUUCUCACAAAACAGCAGAUGGAUGACAGCAAUCUUCUUUUGAAUGGUGGGCAAAGACAUUCAGAAUGGAUAAGAAAUGGACAUACAAUAGAAUUUACAUGCAGGAAAGGAUAUUCCAUUGUAUCUCCUUCUAUCAGAAAGUGUGUUGAUGGGAAUUUAACUUUACCUUCCUGUAUUUCUUCUGUAAUUUGUGCUGCCCCACAAGUAGACAACGGUAACUUCUUUCCUGUAUGGAGUCAUUACAAAAUUGAAGACAUGAUCUACACGGCAUGUGAACCAGGAUAUGUGCUUAAAAGCCAUAAGAAUUCUUCUAAAUGCACAAAAGAUGGCUGGUCGCCAUAUCCAAAAUGUGUCACAAAACACUGUGACUAUCCUCAUGUAGAGAAUGGAGCACUAUCCUGGUCCAACAUAUACUACAGUGAUGUCUCUUUUCCGAAAAAAGUGGGACAAAUAAUUAGCUUCAAAUGUAAUCGUGGUUUUCUGCCAAGAAAUAAAAAACAUUGGGAUAGAAUUAGAUGCACCAAUUUUGGCUGGGAUCCAGAACCACAAUGUUAUAAAAAGUGCAUUCCUCCUAAACACUUACCACAUGGUCAUGUGACUUAUGACCAUGGGAAAACUUUUAUAGAAGGUGAUGAAAUUUCAUUUAAUUGUGAUGUGGGGUAUUAUCCUGAAUACCAUUUACCGACAGCCACAUGCACAAAAAAUGACUGGUUUCCCACUCUGAACUGUUUCUCUGCAGAUUCAUUUGGAUGGAGGAGAAGGUUUUAGAAGAUGAACUUUACCAGCAUCUAAAUAAUGUAUACAGGUUCUCAUCUGUUUUUCUAUUAUUUGUGUUUAUAUAUAC